AUGGAGAGGAAACGGAAGGAGAUGGAGAAGGGCAAGUCUGAACUGAGACUGGCCAUGGAGGAGCUCCGUAUGUGCAGUCCAGGAGAUGGGGAGGAGGAGCAGGUGCAGGUGCAGCAGGUGAAAGUGCAGGAGCAGCCCAAGUCAUCCACCAUGGACCUCCUCUCUGUCUCCAAGCAGCUCAUCCAUGUCCUUGACGAGAUUGGACCGACUUUGCUAGUCCUGAGGCAGGACAUUCAGGAAAAUGUUCAGAGAUUACAAGAUCUGCAUGAAAGAGACUCUUCCAAAUAUGCGAGCUUGAUGGCGAUAGUUACCGAGGAAAUGGAGCAAGGGACAGCAAAGAAGACCAAAAGCUGCACCAGAGCUAUCAUCUGGCUGUCUAGGUCAAUAAAUUUCUCAAAAUAUUUACUGGAGAGGCUGCUGAAAACUCCUGAGUCGAGCCUGGAAGAGAUUGUCGAAGAAGCCUAUGGAAAUACUCUGAAGCCAUGGCAUGGCUGGAUCUCAUCAGCUGCUUACAAGGUAGCACUGAAGCUCAUCCCAGAAAGAGAAUUCUUCAUAGCACUGCUGAUGGGUAACUGUCAAGACUUUGAGGAUCUUGCAGAAGAUGCCAAGAUGCUGUCCUAUGCUGUCCAGCCCCUGUUAGAGGAGAUCGAUGCAAUUUCGGCUAAGCACAACUUGGACAAGAUGAAAUCCUCUUAG